UCUAUCGAUACACACCAUACCCAAACCUUGUGCUGUGUGCCCCAACGGUGGAGUUGCUUCCCCCAAUUCCCCCAUAGCUUAACCAUACAAUACAUCUCUGCUCUCUCUUCUAUUCGCGCUACCCUCUGCCAUGCAGUAAGAGAGAAGGAUACACCAAUUGCACAAAAAAUAAAUUGCAUUUCACUGCCAAUGUUUUAUUAAUAAUGCUAUGUGAAAAUUCACAGUAGCAAGCAUAGCAUAACUGCUUGGAAAGAAGCGUAAUGGAAACGAAACGUGCCAUCAAAAUGCAAUCAAUUGUCUAAAUUGCUUUGCAAACAUCCUAUCACCAUCCCCCCUCCAAUGCGCUGUGCUGUGCUGUUGCGCUGCUCGCCUAACUGAAACCGAUUAAAAUUCGGUUGUAGAAAUGAAUUUGGGUAAAUUAGCACGAAUUGUGAUAGUUGCCUCCGCUGUCUGUGAUUGUGAUUGUGGCUACUGAAACAGACUGUUUGCGUUUACGUCCUUUCUCGUCCUUACAAUGCUACUAGCCUGCUGCUCUUCCAAAAUCUUUCUCUUUUUCUCUUCCCAUUUCCCCUUCUGUGCUAUUAAAGUUGGUCUGAAUUGAAUCAAUGUAAUUAUUGAUGGGAAGCAAUUACUUCGCUUUACUCAGUCUUAUUAUAUCAUCACAUCAAAACUACUGUUGGUCAGUGACUUUUUUAUUGUGCUCUUUUCUCUGCCCUAGAACACCUGGUCUAGUGAAUUACAUGUGAAAGAUGUGUUCCGCGCUCCAUUAGCCCUGACCCUGAAUUGCAUUCCUCCUCCCACCCUACUUAGGUUGCCAGGGCGGCUGGCCGUCUAUUGCCCGGUUUAGAACGUGAGCCCAAGUGCGUGUGUUUAUGGUCUUAUUAUUCCAUUCCUUUUGAUGUGCCGCACAUGAAUUCUGUUCUGGGCUCAAAGGGUUUCGAUAUGUGAUGUCAACCUUGGCGGCAGAUUCCAUGCUUCAAAAUUUAAAUCCACUGCCAAUUUAACUGCACUGCAGCAGUUAUAUUUAGAUUAGCAAUUUAUUAGAAGGGCAAGAAAGGAAGGAAAAGAAGAGCCCUGUUAGCAUCUAGAAUGUCCUGAUUUUGCCAUGCAGCCCCAACUGCUGCUGCUGUUGCUGUAGUUGUUUUUUUAUUUUAUUGCUGCUGCUGGUGGUGGUCUAGGCGGUGAAACUAAAGAGUUCCAUUACCAUAGCUUGUCUUACCUUCAUCAACUCUCAUUCUAUCCUUCCUUUCUCUCACCUGUUGUGCUGACCCGUUCCCCUCCUCCGCUCCAGCAACUCAUUCAUUAUUACAGAUGCCCUAUCUCUCUUAUCAUUUUCCCCCAAAUUAUGAUUAAUUGGUUAAUCUUUUAGCAUUUGUUUUGUCUCACCCUCUUUUAACUGCCGAUUUGUGUCGCGAGUUUUUUUACACUUAUUCUUUCUCUCUCGCUACGAAGACUCUUACUACUUUUCUUUGAAAGAACCCUUAUGGUUUUAUUUGUAAUCUUAUUUGUAACGUUGUUUGCGAUCAAGUAUAUUUGAUUAGUUGUUUGUUACACUUUUUAAAAGGCUAUAUUAAAUCAGUUCUGUUGGACGUACUUCCAAAUGGCGGAUUUGGAGGCAGUUUUGGCAGAUGUGAGCUACCUGAUGGCGAUGGAGAAGUCCAAGAGUACCCCGGCUGCCCGAGCGAGUAAGAAAAUAGUGUUGCCGGACCCCCAAAUUAGAUGUGUGAUGCACAGGUACCUGCAACAGCGCAACGAAAUCACAUUCGAGAAAAUAUUUCAUCAGAAGAUUGGCUUUCUUCUUAUGAAGGAAUACUGCAGCAAACACCUGGAACUGUCCACUCAGAGAAUUGAGUUCUACGAGGACAUCCUGAACUACCAGAGCACACACUGUGACGAGGAGCGGGAGAAGAUCACGCGCAAGAUGUACGACAAGCACAUCAUGACUGAGCUGAUCUGUGUGACAUACAACUACUCGGAGGAAGCGCUCAACCACAUCAAGGAGGAGCUGAACAAGAACCAGGUACCCUCCACAGAACUGUUCAACGUCUACAUUGAGGAGAUCAAGAAGUCCUUAGAGAAGGAGGCCUACGAGCCCUUUCUCAAGAGCGAACAGUUCACACGCUUUCUCCAAUGGAAGAAUGUGGAGCUCAACAUACAGCUGUCUAUGAGCGACUUCUCAGUGCACAGAAUCAUCGGCAGGGGCGGCUUCGGAGAGGUAUACGGGGCUAGGAAGGCGGACACGGGCAAAAUGUACGCCAUGAAGUGUCUAGACAAGAAGCGAAUCAAAGCCAAGGGAGGAGAAAGUCUAGCGAUCACAGAGAGAAACAUGCUGGCAUUAGUGAACAGUCCAUUCAUAGUGUGCAUGACGUACGCAUUCUCCACUCCGGACAAAUUGUGCUUUAUUCUGGAUCUGAUGAACGGAGGCGACCUCAGCUACCACCUGGGGUCCCACGGAGUGUUCACGGAAGAGGAGGGACGCUUCUACGCUUGCGAAAUCAUCCUGGGCCUGGAGCACAUGAGCUCCCGAAAUAUCUGCUACCGAGACCUGAAACCAGCCAACAUUCUGCUAGACGAAGCAGGCCACGUGAAGAUAUCAGAUUUGGGUCUGGCCUACGACUUCUCGAAGAAGAAGCCCUCCUCGUAUGUGGGAACCCUGGGAUACAUGGCUCCAGAGGUGAUUCUGAAGAUUCCCUACGACUCCUCAGUCGACUGGUUCUCACUCGGUUGUGUCAUUUUCAAACUGGUUAAAGGCUACAGUCCCUUCAGAGGAAAGGGGCAGACGAAGAGGGAAGAGAUCGAGAAUGCCAUCACCAACCACGACGUUGAUCUGCCCAGUCCGAUGAGCGACGAGUUGAAGGAGCUCCUAACAGGUUUGCUGAAGCGAAAUCCUUCAGAUCGACUGGGUUGUCGGAGAGAGAAGGGGGUGGAUGAGAUCAAGGAGCUGCCGUUCUUCGCCUCGAUAGACUGGUCACAUGUCUACCACCACAGACUUACGCCCCCCUUAAUCCCACCGAGGGGAGAGGUGAAUGCGGCCGAUGCAUUCGACAUAGGCUCGUUCGACGACGAAGAGACGAAGCACAUUCGGCUGGACGAGAAUGACCAGAAACAGUACGAGGGAUUCGCAAUCACAUUAUCAGACAGGUGGCAGGCAGAAAUCACAGAGACCGUGUUCGAGGUCAUCAAUCAGGACGCGGACAAGGCCGAGGCGAAGCGGGCUAGGGCCACUCGGGCUCGCAACUCGACCAUCACGACUAUGGAGUCAGAUAUCGCAGAGAAGAGUGAUUGUAUCAUGCAUGGUCUAAUGCACAAGCAGGGCGGAGCGUUUGCGUCCCAGUGGCAGAAGCGAUACUUUUACCUCUUUCCCAACAGACUGGAAUGGCGCGGGGACGACGCGAGUAGUGACUCAAGUAAGAGUUUGAACCUGUUGCCAUUUGACUCGACCACUCGUAUCGAGGAGACGACCAUCAAGAACUGCAAGUGCAUACAGAUCAAGUACACCAAAAUGGGACAGGAGAAAAACUACCUGUUCAAGUGCGACUCCGAGCCAGAACAUGUACAGUGGAUGCAGGAAAUAAAAGCCGCUUUCACCGAAGCCACUCACAGAAUCAAAACUGCCCACAAAAUUCUAUCUCGUGGCUUAAACAACAACGAAACUAUUGACGCCUCGGUCAGUGCAGUUGCCAAAAACCUCAAACACUCCGUGUCCAUAGACUGACUUCUGCUGCUGCCGCUGCUCAAUACACUUUUGUUGUCGUUUAAUUAGACACUCCUCCUGCUCCUCCUCCGCCACUCUUUAGCUCAACUUAUUUUCUCUCUCUCUUUCUCUCUAUCUCUUGAUGUUUUUAUUACAUUCAAUUGUCACCAAUCAAAUUCGAACUAAUCGUCUCAAACACGAGAUUUCAAAAUGUUUCACCAUUGAUCUGCAUACAAAUCCUAAUUUGGACUUUGUUAAAGGACAUAAGGAUGAUUACAUUUUGAAAGCUCGGCUGAUUCUCUAAAUGAAUAAAAUAAAUGAUGGCCGAUGAAACGUGUAAAAUAGGUUAGCGCAAUAUUUACUACUACUACCCCCAGGUGCAAUAUAGAUUUAAUUUAUUGAUUUUAGUUGAUGAGAACUCGUUGUUUGUAUUUCGGUCCAGCUGUUCUCCUCUCCAAGUAUUGUUGUCGUGGUUGUUUGUUGCUUCACGAUGAGCGGACGGGAGAGUGCGCGCAAUUUAAUUUUCUGCAAAUUUAAUUUCGUCCAAUUAAACACUUAAAUUAAGCCAACUGUGGCAUGUGACAUAAAAAAAAUAACUAUGACUUGUUAACUCAAUUUAAUAAAUCUGAUUAUGUAUUUCACAUCAAUGUUUAUUUAAA